ACCUCUCUCAGGUGUCUUUCCCGGGCAGCUGCACGGCGGAACGGAGAAAUGAGAAAGGGGCAGCAUGGCGGACAGGGAGAAGAGGAAAGCUACCCCGCCGUCUGGCCGCAACAUCCAGGUGAAGUCCCCGGCCAGUUUCAGGUUGACCCAUGACAUCAGCCUUGAUGAAUUUGAGGACGACGACCUCUCCGAAAUCACAGAGAUCACAGAUGAGUGUGGGAUGAGCCUCAAUUGCAAUGGCCCAGAUAUAAAGAGCCGUGUGAGACGAGGAACCAAUAGCAUGUCGGGGAAGGCGGAGCUAGGAGCAGUCGGCCAGCUUCAGGCAGAGAUGCUGCAUUUGGACCUCAUCGAUGGUGCUGACGGUUACCGCGGUGACAAAGAAUCCUCGAAGGCGUCUGCAAUUUCAACUCCGCCAGUCACCAAGGACCCUGCAGCACCUGUUACCAUGGAUACUUACCGGCCCAAGAGACCCACGACCCUUAACCUCUUCCCAAUCGUGCCACGCACACAGGACACGUUAAACAACAACUCCCUUGGUAAGAAGUACAGUUGGCAGGAGAAGGUUUCAGGCUCAUCCUCGCCCCUUAAAACAGGUGACCUCACCCCUCCACGUGAGCACAGCUGUCUAAGCGACGAGGACAAGGUGCACGGUGGGGGAGCGCAGACCAAAGACCGCGGGACCUCCACCGACGCCCCCUGCAGACACAGUCACACCUCGGGACACUCGCACAGCUCAUCUGCAGGGGCUGGGACACGGUCCAAGAUUCAGGAGAAGCCACCGGCACCACCACCACCACAGAACUAUACACCAGCUCCUCUAUAUCCUUCAGGGAAAGCGGAUGGCAGUGGGUCCCACAGGGAGAGGAUUAGAUACCACACAGAUGUUCAUAUAGAGCCAACAGAGGAGAUCUAUCUGACUCCUGUGCAACGUUCCGCAGAUCCCCUGGAACCCCCCACCGUCCAGGACCGGCCUUUCCUCUCACAGCAGACUGAGCAGGGACGCAUGUCCAUUAGCUCUGACACAGAGGGACCACCUCCUUAUCAGCCCCUCCCGGACCGGACCAACCCCUCCAUCUAUGAGGAAGACGAGAUCUAUGUCCCCCCACCGUCAUACGCUUCCUGUGUAGAGUCCCUCAUCACGCCACCUAGCAUGGCUGUGUCAGCUCACUCCUCCCAUGCACUGGACCUCAGCCUAAAGGGGACAAGUACAGGAGCUGGGGCAAUGCUCAGGGCUGGGUCAUCAGUUGAGUACGUUGAUGCCACAGAUGAAAGCUACUGUGGGGACGACGAGGAUGUGGACAGGUUAAUAAUGGAUGCAAAGAUGAGAAAGGGAGGGGUAAAGGGAGCUGCCCCACCGAGGACUUCCAUGAGCUCAGAGGCCAGCGGCCUGACAUAUGACUCAGUUAAAUAUACAUUGGUGGUGGAUGAACAUGCUCAGCUGGAGUUAGUCAGUCUCCGGCAGUGUUACCAAGGCUACAGCGAUGACAGCGACUCGGCCACCGUCUAUGACAACUGUGUCUCGUCUCCAUACGAGUCAGCCAUCGGAGAGGAGUAUGAGGAAGAGGAAGAGGAGCAUGACCCUCGUAUGGGAGGAGUGCGUCGAGAGGCCACAGCGUGCCUAUCUGAGGAUUCUACUCCAGAGGCGGACCUCCACUUCUCCAAGAAGUUCCUCAAUGUCUUCAUGAAUGGGCGCUCUCGCUCCUCCAGUGCAGAAUCCUUUGGUUUAUAUUCCUGUAUCAUAAAUGGUGAGGAGAAGGAUCAGAGCCACCGAGCAGUCUAUAGGUUUGUCCCUCGGCACGAAGAUGAGUUGGAGCUAGAGGUGGAUGACCCGCUGUUGGUGGAGGUCCAGGCAGAGGAUUACUGGUAUGAGGGCUACAAUAUGCGAACUGGUGCUCGUGGGGUCUUCCCGGCCUACUACGCUGUAGAGGUGACCAAGGACACGGAGAACUACAAAGUAAAGAGCAAUGAAUGGAUUGACAGAUACCGCCUAAAGUUUCUGGGGUCAGUUCAAGUACCCUAUCACAAAGGAAACGAUGUUUUGUGUGCAGCUAUGCAGAAGAUUGCUACUAACCGAAGGAUGACAGUCAAGUAUAACCCACCUUCCUCAUGCAUCCUGGAGAUCAGUGUGAAGGGCAUCAAGCUUUCAGUUCAAGAGGAUUAUUAUGCUUGUGACAGAAGUAACGAGUGCAGUCACUUCUUCCAGUUAAAGAACGUCUCCUUUUGUGGCUAUCACCCAAAAAACAGCAAGUAUUUUGGUUUCAUUACGAAGCACCCAGCAGACCAGAGAUUUGCCUGCCACGUAUUUGUGUCUGAAAAUUCUACCAAACCUCUUGCAGAGUCAGUAGGGAAAGCCUUCCAGCUGUACUAUAAAGAGUUUGUGGAGUUCUCAUGCCCUACAGAGGACAUCUACCUGGAAUAGCCUUGCCUUUAACCACAACCCUGUAAAGUACGCUGUAUCAUAACAUAAUGUUGCAUGAAGGACAGAUAUACAUUAAUUGGUAAAACAAAAACAAAAAAAGAGAAAAAUUAAACAUUAACACAUCUGACAAACGAACAGGUAUAGAAGGCCCAAGUUUCAGACCUGUGGUGAAAACCUUGUGCAGCAACCAGAGAUGAAAAUGAGCCAAAGGAGGGGUUUCCUGGCAAAUGAAAAUAUGCAAAAUGGCAUCAGUGAUGAGGCAAAAAUGGAAAGCACAAAUAUUUUAACUCAUCAGUUUCUGCAAUGCUUGUUAGCCUGUAGCAUCAUGUCAGCAGAGGCAAAGCUGAAAGCCCAGGAGUCAGUCUGGACCACUUUGUACGCUGGAAAAAAGAAAGAAAAAGCAGAAUUUUUGACUUGGAAGUGAACAAACAAGUGAUGUUGGUUCAUUUUGUCUUGAAAUACUGUAACCAGGGUGUGAGCACGAGAGAGGUGUUUAUUUACUAAAGACGUAACAACCUCACAAUGAAAAAGGAGUACUAAACUAAAUAAAACCCAUGUAGGAACAGUUAAUUUUAUCCUUUUAUCACACCUAAUAUGAAGGCGUAUCCACAUUUAUUAAAAAAAAAAAACAAAGAGAGAGAGAGAAAUCUCAAUGAAAAUCAGAUGCAGUGAUGUGCUCUGCAUUUUGGGGGUUCUUGCCACAUUUUUACUGCUUUUUGUUAAACCCAGACACAGAUCUGUACUGCAUAUUCAAGGUACAGUAAGCACAGUGUGAAUACACAAGAGUAGAAUAGGUUUGCUUUUCCAUUAAGCAGUUGGAGCUAACUAGUAAAGGAACAGCUGAGUAUCUAAAGUUAAUUUCAAAUAGUUUUAGUUGAAUAAAAUUAAAAGAUGGUUUCAGCUUCUCACUUUUCAGUCAGACAGGCAGAAGGUAAACUUUGCCGAUUGAUUUAUAUACUUUACAUGCUAAUGCUUAAUUAAAGUAGACUUUAAACUACUUUUCUCUUGCAUGUGUGCGGCUCAGUAUUUGGAGAUUCACACUGGUGGAGUUUUACUGGUGGAUUUUUUCACUCUCGCCACUUGUGUAAGUUUGCUCCUGGUGGAAAACUACCAAAACAAAAGAUUGACGGACAAACCAUGGAUUGAUGAUUUCACUUCCUGAUGGAGGCUAGUGUGACCAAAUGCACUGGAGUUUUAGGUUAAAGCCUAAAAUGAGGGUACAAACAUGUAAUGUAAGUUAAAUACUAAAAUCUCAUAUUCCCCCUUUCCACCAAGGUGAGCCAGGUGCUGGCUCAAGUCUUUUGUGCUAGUGGUAGUGUGCAAUUGGGCUUUCCAAAUGUUGGUCAGCUUUUUCACGAGCCUUUGUAGUUUUAACUUUACAACACAUGUAUAAGACUAUGAACACAUCAAAUGAUUAACACUUUACUCUUUGAAAUGUUACUUUGGAGUAAACAUUGAAGUUCUUUUCAUGACUGAAUGGUUUCUGUUAUUUUGUGGCAUUAGAAGUUAAUGAGAAAUAACCCCCCCCUCUCUCUCUCUCUAUAUAUAUAUAUAUAUAUAUAUGAAAGAGAAAGAGACUUAGGUGUCAAAAACCAUCGUUAAGUUUACAGGGGACAUUGACAAAUGUCAUCUCUAGGGGAGAAAGCAUUACAGGUCUCAGCUUUUUGCUGAAGUUCUGUUGAGAAAUGAAGUGAAAAGAGACAAUUUGUCUCUCUCACUAACUACUGCUGGAAAACUACAGAGGUGUAUUUGUAUAACUGCUGCUGCUUGAUUUUUUUAAUUUAAUAUUGCCAGUCUGCUUAAAUUAUCAUCCAUACUGACACUUGGGUUUUUCUUCUAGAUGAUGUACUAGUUGUAUUUUUUUACUAAUGGCCCCAGCCCCUUUUGUACUUUUUUUCAUAGUUGAAAAACAGCAAAGUGUUGAUGCUACAUUGAAUAGUUCUUUGUGACAAAGGCAGAAUAAAGAACUCCUUAAAUGUACUGAGCAUUGUCCAUGCAGAGAAUGUUUAGAGGUACACAAGUGUGUACUUUAAGCAAACAUCUAUUGGUGCUAUCGUGCACAGCUCUGUCCAUAUGUUCAGUAAAGCCUUAGUAAUUCCUUGUCUAAUGUCAGACAUGCAAUGCUUCUUUACUGUGUGCUCUAAUUAGGUGUGAAAUUAGUGAUAAAGAUGUUUAACAGAGAAAAAACCCCAUCUGAGUUCGGCUGUUUACUCCUUCAUACGACAUUUUUCUGCAACUAGAAUAUGACACAUUCUCAGACUUGUAGAGACAAGAAAAUGAUACUUGGUGCAGUAGGUACAGGUGCUAACGAGGGAGCAAAAACAAAACUGGUGUCUUCAGAUCUUCACUAGUAGUGCCUCUUUUUCAUGAGAUCAUUGUUACUUUUUUGAGUCAACAUUAUUAAAAUCUUUUAAGGGUUUUCCAUUGAGUGUGUGUUGACUUUAAGGUGAUGAAUGCAAAUUGAGUUGUUUUGCUGUGAUUUGCUCUUCAUUCCACUGCACUACACAUUAUUUGCUGUACAUGUGCUGGUAAUAGUCAGUUUUUCCUCUAUUCAUCCUCGUUCUACCAUUUGUUGCCAUCAGAGAGACCAGUAGAGAAGCUCCUCCAGCUCCUCUAAGGUUACACUUUCAGCAAACCUUCAUUUCUGCAGGCCAUCCUCAAACAGCAAACUCAAAACAGCUCCUUUCAGUGCAAAGUUGCAGCUCUAUCGUUUGCGCCACUGUCCCGGUGAAGAUUGAGGUGUGAGACAAAUAACUGGGCUCCUAACUCUGUGCCUGGCAGAGCCAGGAUGGCCUUUAGUGUAAACACACUGCUAACACCCAUAUCAGUGAUCAUCUUAUUUCUGCUCAUUGCCAUAGAUGAUUGUAGAAACAUGGAUUGAACUGUAGGUUAACAAUUUUGUGACACUCAGCUCACUGUUCACAGCAACAGUGUUUGUAGUUUCUGUUUCAAAAUUCCUUUCAGAUCAUACAGAGUGAAUAUUUUAUCCAAAAGAUUUCAAAUACACCUUCUCAUUAUGUCUCUGGUAUCCCCAGGAGUCUACAUAAUACUUGGGAAAUUAUGAAUUUUAUUAUUAGAGAAGGAGCUGUGUUUAAUUAGCUCAUGCCAGAGAUUUCACAAGUUGGGCUUGAUUGAGAACUUAGUCACAAUGAAAAGAAACAAAAACUUGACCCAAGUGUUAUGGAAGUCUAUUAAUGUCCUGUUUGUGAACAUGUGAAACCAGUGAAAACGCAUACAGUGGAUAAUCACUGAGACUUGAUGUUGUAAAAUGUGCCAUAAUGGUUAAUAAGCAAUAAUGAUUUUUGAGCUGUUAUACCAAUUAUUCGGAGGAAGUGCUUGUUGCAGAGCUUUAUAGACGUUUUAGUAACCCAGAUUGUUCAUGGUAAUCUGAAUUAUUGAAAUGAACAUUAAGUUACACCAUUUUUUGUGAUAAUGAGAUUUUUUUUAUUUAUCAGCACACGUACAGCACAGUUGUUUUGCAGUUAAAAACAAAGUAUUCUUUCUACAUCAUUUGUCACUAACACCGGUUUGUAACUAAAUAUUUUAUGUGGUCAAUAUUUAUCAGACAAUUAAAUAAAUGUAAAAGCAAGAUUCACUAAUGAAGAAUAUUGAAAAUGUUCUAUUCAGCAGUUGUCUCACCAGUUGUCAGUUUUUCAUUGUCAAAAACAGAAAAAAAAUCAUUUUGAAGAAAACAAGUUGUCUGCUGUUGUUGAAAGCCAUUGUGUUUGUAUCAGGAGAGAUCAACACUCACUUUUCUAUGAAUUCCCCUCUUAAGAGCCGAUCAGACUGACAGGAGAACGUGGACUGCAGCAGGGGCUAUACAAAGAGUGUACAGACAUGGGUGUAUAAAUCAAGAAUUUAAUUUCUGUAAUUAUAAAUAUGACAUUGUAUUGAUUCAACAUGUAGUUUGUGAAAUUUCUCUUUAUUUUGGACUUUUCUCUUUCAGCUGUGAAUUAUUCUGGAUUUAAAAGUUUUACUGCAGA